GGAGAAACCCAGGAAGAAGAAGAAGAUCGACAUGGACUUAGAACACCAAACCAUGGAGACGUUCCUGCGAUGGGCAGCAGAGAUUGGCAUUUCAGAUUCUAUUGAUUCUUCUCGAUUUCGCGAUUCGUGUCUUGGACAUUCUCUUUCCGUCUCCGACUUCCCUGACGCCGGCGGGUGCGUGGAAUUGAAUUCGAACUCUUUCAUUUCUAAAUCCCUAAAAUCUGUCUUCUCAUUGCUCGAUUGAUGCAAUCAGGAGAGGUUUGGGAGCUGCUCGUGAGCUCAAGAAAGGAGAAUUGGUUUUGAAAGUCCCCAGAAAAGCCUUGAUGACUACAGAAUCCAUAAUUGCUAAAGAUCUAAAAUUGAGCGAUGCUGUUAAUCUUCACAAUUCACUUUCUUCGACUCAGAUACUGAGUGUAUGCUUAUUGUAUGAAAUGAGCAAGGAGAAGAAGUCUUUUUGGUAUCCAUACUUGUUCCAUAUACCUCGUGACUAUGAUCUCUUGGCUACAUUUGGGAAUUUCGAGAAGCAAGCUUUACAAGUUGAAGAUGCUGUUUGGGCUACAGAAAAAGCCACAGCCAAGUGUCAGUCUGAGUGGAAAGAAGCUGGUUCGUUAAUGAAGGAGUUAGAGCUGAAGCCUAAGUUUCGGAGUUUCCAAGCAUGGCUAUGGGCUUCUGCAACGAUAUCUUCACGAACACUGCAUGUACCAUGGGAUAGUGCUGGGUGUUUGUGUCCUGUAGGGGACUUGUUCAACUACGAUGCUCCUGGAGAUUAUUCGAAUACCCCACAAGGUCCUGAGAGUGCUAAUAAUGUAGAGGAAGCAGGACUUGUUGUUGAGACACACUCUGAAAGGCUCACAGAUGGUGGAUUCGAGGAAGAUGUCAAUGCUUACUGUCUUUAUGCAAGAAGGAAUUAUCAGCUAGGAGAACAGGUUCUUCUAUGUUAUGGGACUUACACGAAUCUAGAGCUUCUUGAGCACUAUGGGUUUAUGUUAGAAGAGAACUCAAAUGACAAGGUCUUCAUUCCUCUAGAAACCAGCCUAUUUUCUCUAGCUUCUUCAUGGCCUAAAGAUUCUUUAUACAUUCAUCAAGACGGUAAGCUGUCUUUUGCGCUGAUAUCCACGUUGAGACUGUGGCUGAUCCCACAGAGCCAGCGUGACAAGUCAGUUAUGCGCCUUGUUUACGCUGGAUCUCAGAUAUCUGUGAAGAAUGAGAUUCUUGUCAUGAAGUGGAUGUCAGAGAAAUGUGGAAGUGUUUUAAGGGAUCUGCCAACUUCUGUCACAGAGGACACUGUGCUUCUUCAUAACAUUGACAAACUCCAAGAUCCAGAAUUGCGUUUGGAGCAGAAAGAAACAGAAGCUUUUGGCAGCGAAGUACGUGCUUUUCUUGAUGCAAAUUGUUUGUGGGAUGUCACUGUAUUAUCUGGGAAACCUAUAGAAUUUUCCAGGAAAACUAGCAGGAUGCUGAGCAAAUGGAGAUGGUCUGUGCAGUGGAGGCUAAGCUACAAGAGAACUCUAGCAGAUUGCAUCUCUUAUUGUAAUGAGAAAAUGAAUAAUCUCUUAGGUACCCAAGAUAGGCUUAGAGAUUUGUAACUUGAAUCGAAACCGAUCCUUCUUAAUCUAUCAAUGCUCAAAAAAGGAUUUCUGAUCA